AUGGAGUUUUCGGAUUUAAAAUGUUAUGCAACUAUUUCCAAGCAAAAUGAUAUUAGAAAAGCUAAAGUCAUCAAGAUAAUUCCUGCCCAACAUAAAGGAAAAGGUGAACUAUGUGACCUAUACCACGGAAAAAAUGGAGAAAUAUCUUUUUUUUAUCAAAAGAAAAAAUACAUAUGGGACGAGAAUAAAAAGAAAUUUACAAAACUACUUUACCCAAGUGACAUAUACUCUAAUAUUUCAACAUUUCAAAAUGCCAAAGGUCUCGAAACUCAAAACGAAAUUAAAAUGACUCAUGAGAAAUAUGGAUAUAAUAGGUUCGAUAUUCCAGUGCCAACCUUUCCUGAAUUAUUCAAAGAACAUGCCGUUGCGCCAUUCUUCGUUUUUCAAUUAUUUUGUGUUGGAUUAUGGGUUAUCGACGAAUAUUGGUACUAUUCGGUAUUUACACUAUUCAUGCUUGUCGUGUUCGAAUCUACUGUCGUCUUUCAGAGAUUGAAAACUUUGUCCGAGUUUCGUACAAUGUCAAUCAAGCCAUACCAGAUUCAUGUUAGAAGAAAUCGCCGCUGGACUCUUGUCGAUUCUGACCAGCUUUUACCAGGGGAUUUAGCAUCUAUCGUUCGUUCCAAGGAAGAUAGUGGUGUUCCUUGUGAUAUGAUACUUUUACAAGGUUCUUGCAUUGUAAAUGAGGCGAUGCUGUCUGGUGAAUCGACGCCACUAUUAAAGGAAUCAAUUGCUCUUCGUGAUGGCAAUGAUGAAUUUGAUAUGAGUGGUAUUGACAAAAAUAGCGCUUUGUUUGGUGGUACAAAAGUCCUACAAGUAACUCCUCCUCAACAGCAACAGCAACAAGAUAUUCUUUCUGCUCCAGAUAAUGGAUGUAUUGCCUAUGUUAUUCGCACCGGAUUUGGAACUGCGCAGGGGAAACUCGUGCGUACAAUGGUGUAUAGUACUGAGCAUGUGUCAGCAAACAAUUUAGAAUCCUUCUUGUUUAUCUUAUUCUUAUUGAUUUUCGCAAUUUCUGCGGCUGGAUAUGUUUGGGUUAAAGGCAAGCAAUUUCAUUAUCGUAUUGAAAAUGAUCGUAAGAGGUCAAAGCUCUUGCUCGAUUGUAUUUUAAUUAUUACAUCGGUUGUACCACCGGAAUUGCCCAUGGAACUUUCUUUGGCGGUUAACACCUCGCUGGUUGCAUUGGCUAAAUUUGCUAUUUAUUGCACUGAACCAUUCAGGAUUCCUUUUGCUGGAAAAAUUGAUGUUUGUGCAUUCGACAAAACUGGCACCUUAACUGGCGAAAAUCUUGAAGUUGAAGGAAUUGCUGGAAUACAUCCCGAAGAUUCAAAAAUUUUGGUAAAACCACCGGAUGCUUUACGGGAAUCAAUCCAAACCUUGGCUGCCGCACAUGCUUUAGUUCAAUUAGAUGAUGGUAUCGUCGGUGACCCCAUGGAAAAGGCCACAUUGGAAGCGUUAGAUUGGAAACUUGGCAAAGGUGAUACUGUCAUUCCUGCGAAUCAACAAUCACAACGUUUCCAACAACGGUCACAACUACAAAUUCGCCGCAGAUUCCAAUUUUCAUCCGCACUCAAACGUAUGUCAAGUGUCUCGACGGUUACAACACCUCGGUCUAAAAGAACUUUCGUUGCAGUUAAGGGCGCACCUGAAACCUUACGAAAUAUGUACAGUUAUGUACCUGAUGAUUAUGAGGAAACCUUCAAGUUUUUUAUGCGUAGAGGAAGUCGUGUUUUAGCUUUAGGAUACAAGUAUUUAAAAGAUAAUAUGAAUAUUGAUGAGAUUAAUGAAUUAACACGAGAAUCUGUUGAAAGUGAGCUAGCGUUUGCAGGAUUUCUUAUUUUUCAUUGUCCGCUAAAAGAAGAUGCCGUAUCUACUCUUCAGAUGCUAAAUGAGUCUUCUCAUAGGGUUGUUAUGAUCACCGGAGAUAAUCCAUUAACAGCGUGUCAUGUAGCACGUGAAGUGAAAAUUAUCGAACGCGAUGUAUUAAUUCUUGAUCUACGCGAAGAUGCCAAGAAUAGUGAUGAUCUUGUUUGGAAAUCAGUUGAUGAAAAAAUCAUUAUACCCGUCAAUCCUGAAGAACCAAUUGAUAUAUCGGUCUAUCGUGACUACGACCUAUGCAUAACGGGUGCAGCGUUGGCAUGUUAUGAAAACAAACCAUCUGUUAAAAAGUUAUUAGUCCAUACGUGGGUUUAUGCACGUGUUUCUCCGGGACAAAAGGAACUCAUAUUAACUACCCUUAAGCAAGCUGGAUAUAUUACAUUAAUGUGUGGCGACGGAACAAACGAUGUUGGUGCUCUUAAACAGGCUCAUGUUGGAGUUGCGCUUCUUGACGGCAAGCCUGAAGAUCUUAAGAAAAUUGCUGAACAUCAAAAAAUACAACGACUUAAAGAUGUAUAUGAAAGUCAAUUAAAGUUUACUUCACGAUUCAACAUGCCACCCCCACCCCCACCCCCAGCAAUUGCGCAUUUAUUCCCACAUAUUACACAACAACUUCAGCAACAAAAUACUGCAGGACAAGGUCAAAGACGACAACCACCUCAGAUGGAUCAACUUGCGGAAAAUCUUUUACAAGAUUUUGAUGAUGAACCACCAACAAUUAAGUUAGGAGACGCAUCAGUAGCUGCACCUUUUACAUCUAAACUUUCCAAUGUGGUAGCAAUUGCAAACAUUGUCCGUCAGGGUCGUUGUACAUUGGUUGCCACUAUCCAGAUGUACAAAAUUUUGGCUUUAAAUUGUUUAAUUUCUGCAUAUAGUUUAAGCGUUUUAUAUUUGGAAGGAAUUAAAUAUGGCGAUUUACAAGUUACUAUUUCUGGCAUGUUACUUGCCGUUUGUUUCCUUUGUAUUUCGAAAGCUAAGCCAUUAGAAAAACUUUCCAAGCAACGGCCACAAACAAACGUUUUCAAUUUUUAUAUUAUUCUAUCUAUUCUCUGUCAAUUCGCUAUUCACAUAGCAUCUCUUGUUUACAUAGUAGAAUUAGUAUUUAAAUAUGAAGAGAAGAAGACUGUCGAUCUUGAAGGUGAUUUUGAACCAAGUUUAUUAAACACGGCGGUAUAUUUAAUAUCGCUAUCCAUGCAAGUCUCCACGUUUGCCAUUAAUUAUCAGGGACACCCUUUCAGAGAAAGUCUGAAAGAAAAUACCACAUUGUAUUAUGGUUUACUAUCUGUAGGCGCAAUUGCCCUGUCGGGUGCCACUGAAUUUAUUCCCGAAAUGAAUUCUAUGUUGCAAUUGGUUCCUCUUAAAUAUGAGUUCAAACUUCAUCUUACUGCUACUAUGCUUUUUGACUUUCUUGGCGCAUG